UCUGGAAAAACUCAAGAAGCUGACAAAUUUGUAAAUUCUCUGCGAUUUCCAUGGAGUUAUCUCUUCUCCGUCCGUCUACUCAAUCGCUUCUUCCGUCGUUCUCGAAGCCGAAUCUUCGAUUACAUGUCUACAAGCCUCUUAAACUCCGUUGUUCCGUGGCCGGUGGACCAACCGUCGGAUCUUCCAAAAUUGAAGGCGGAGGAGGCACCAACAUCACGGCAGAUUGUGUGAUUGUCGGCGGAGGUAUUAGUGGUCUCUGUAUCGCGCAAGCGCUCGCUACGAAGCAUCCUGAUGCUGCACCGAAUUUGAUUGUAACCGAGGCUAAGGAUCGUGUUGGAGGCAACAUUAUCACUCGUGAAGAGAAUGGGUUUCUCUGGGAAGAAGGUCCUAAUAGUUUUCAACCUUCUGAUCCGAUGCUCACUAUGGUGGUUGAUAGUGGUUUGAAGGAUUAUUUGGUGUUGGGAGAUCCUACUGCGCCAAGGUUUGUGUUGUGGAAAGGGAAAUUGAGGCCGGUUCCAUCGAAGUUGACGGACUUACCAUUCUUUGAUUUGAUGAGCAUUGGUGGGAAGAUUAGAGCUGGGUUUGGUGCACUUGGCAUUCGACCAUCACCUCCAGGUCGUGAAGAAUCUGUGGAGGAGUUUGUUCGGCGUAACCUCGGUGAUGAGGUGUUUGAGCGCCUGAUUGAACCGUUUUGUUCAGGUGUUUAUGCUGGUGAUCCUUCAAAACUGAGCAUGAAAGCAGCGUUUGGGAAGGUUUGGAAACUAGAGCAAAAUGGUGGAAGCAUCAUUGGUGGUACUUUUAAGGCAAUUCAGGAGAGGAAAAAUGCUCCCAAGGCAGAACGAGACCCGCGCCUGCCAAAACCAAAGGGCCAGACAGUUGGUUCUUUCAGGAAGGGACUUCGAAUGUUGCCAGAAGCAAUAUCUGCAAGGUUGGGUAGCAAAGUUAAAUUGUCUUGGAAGCUCUCAGCUAUUACUAAGCUGGAAAGUGGAGGAUACAACUUAACCUAUGAGACUCCAGAUGGUGUAGUUUCUGUGCAGAGCAAAAGUGUUGUAAUGACUGUGCCAUCUCAUGUUGCAAGCAGUCUCCUGCGCCCUCUUUCUGAAUCUGCAGCAAAUGCACUCUCAAAACUUUACUAUCCACCAGUUGCAGCAGUAUCUGUCUCGUACCCGAAAGAAGCAAUCCGAACAGAAUGUUUGAUAGAUGGUGAACUAAAGGGGUUUGGGCAAUUGCAUCCACGCACACAAGGAGUUGAAACAUUAGGAACUAUAUACAGCUCCUCACUCUUUCCAAAUCGAGCUCCCCCCGGAAGAAUUUUGCUAUUGAACUACAUUGGCGGGUCUACCAACACCGGGAUUCUGUCCAAGUCCGAAGAUGAGUUAGUGGAAGCAGUCGACAGGGAUUUGAGGAAAAUGCUAAUUAAGCCUAAUUCCACUGAUCCACUUAAAUUAGGAGUUAGGGUAUGGCCUCAAGCCAUUCCCCAGUUUUUAGUUGGUCACUUUGAUAUCCUUGACACGGCUAAAUCAUCUCUAACAUCUUCGGGCUACGACGGGCUAUUUUUGGGUGGCAAUUACGUCGCUGGUGUGGCCUUAGGCCGAUGUGUAGAAGGCGCAUAUGAAACCGCGACUGAGGUGAACAAUUUCAUGUCACGGUACGCUUACAAGUAAAUGUAAAACAUUUUGAAUCUCUCAGCUUGCGUGAGUUUUAUUAAAUAUUGUGAUACUAAACUUCAAUUUCUUGUAAUACAAUAGAUUUUAGUUUA